CGCAUGCUCGGAAAUGGCCGUUGCGAGGCCAUGUGCAUCGACGGAACCAAGCGCCUCUGUCACACCCGCGGCAAGAUGCACAAGAAGGUUUGGAUUGCCGCCGGUGAUAUAGUUCUCGUCGGUCUCCGCGAUUUCCAAAACGACAAGGCUGAUGUCAUCUUCAAAUACAUGCCUGACGAGGCCCGCCUUCUCAAAGCCUAUGGCGAGCUCCCAGAAACCACUCGCCUCAACGAGGGCAUCGCUGGUGGCGUAGACGAUGAGGACGAAGGAGCCGGAGACGACUACAUCGACUUCGAGGAUGAGAAUAUUGACAAGAUCUAGUUUCCCACACGGAGCUACGCGCCACCAUCACCAGAAAUUAUUUUGUGCAGUUCUGAGGUGAAUUCUGACAUGCGACGUCACGGAGGCCCAAUAAAUUCACUGACAUGGCCUAUUCAGAUUUCAAAUCUCUCAAAAUGAAAUCUGUUUCAAACAUAUAUGUCAUGGUUCCUUAUUUCGACAGGGUGCAAAUAUCUCAAUUUCACUC